AUAUCCACACAGCUUACAAAAGAUGUCUUCUUCGUUUCUCUCCUCCACUACUUCCUUCUCUAUCGUUCUUCUCUACUUGGGCGCCUGCCACAUCUCCGAUGGAGCUCAACAAUCAACUUACAUUGUUCACAUGGCGAAAUCUCAGAUGCCGUCGAGCUUCGACCAACACUCUCUCUGGUACGAGUCCUCCCUCAGGUCCGUCUCAGAAUCUGCUGAAUUGCUCUAUACUUACAACAGUGCGAUACAUGGAUUCUCUACUCGGCUUACUCCCGAAGAAGCCGACUCGCUCAUGACCCACCCUGGUGUCAUCUCGGUUCUACCAGAGAAGCGGUACGAGUUAGACACCACUCGGACUCCACAUUUCCUCGGUCUGGACGUACACAACGCAGGCCUAUUCCCCGAAACCACCGGUGCAUCCAGCGAUAUCGUCGUUGGAGUUUUUGACUCAGGUGUUUGGCCAGAGAGCAAAAGCUUCGCAGACGAAGGAUACGGUCCCAUCCCGCCUACAUGGAAAGGCGGAUGCGACACUGGGACUAACUUCACCGCUUCGCUCUGUAACCGCAAACUAGUCGGAGCUAGAUUCUUCGCUCGGGGUUACGAAGAAAUUAACGGACCUGUGGACGAAUCCAUAGAGUCAAGAUCACCUAGAGACGACACCGGUCACGGAACACACACGUCAUCAACCGCGGCUGGAUCCGUUGUGGAAGGAGCUAGUCUUCUAGGCUUCGCUAAUGGGACAGCUCGUGGGGUUGCUUCCUGGGCUCGAGUGGCGAUUUACAAAGUUUGUUGGAGAUAUGGUGGUUGCUUGAGCUCAGAUAUUUUAGCUGGAAUGGAUAAAGCCAUCGAAGAUAACGUGAACGUUAUGUCCAUCUCUAUCAGCGAAAUAGCGGUUGAUUAUUAUGGAGACAUUAUGGCCAUUGGAGCAUUCGCGGCCAUGGAAAGAGGUAUCUUUGUUUCAUGCUCUGCUGGUAAUAGGGGUCCCAGCUCUUACAGUGUUAGGAACGUAGCUCCGUGGAUUACUACUGUUGGGGCUGGUACUAUUGAUCGUGAUUUUCCCGCGCUCGUGAUUCUCGGCAACGGGCAGAACUAUACUGGAGCUUCGUUGUUUAAAGGAGAUGCUCUCCCGCCUAAAUUAUUGUCGUUUGUUUACGCCGGGAAUGCUAGUAACAAUGAUACUGGAAAUUUAUGUUACCCUGAAACACUGAUACCCGAGAAGGUAAAGGGGAAGAUCGUGAUGUGCGAAGACGGAGGAAAUAGUAGGGUUCACAAAGGGGAGGUAGUGAAAGCUGCUGGUGGACUCGGAAUGAUUCUGCCGAAUACGGCGGAUGACGGAGAAGAGCUUCAGGCGGUUGCUUAUUUGUUACCGGCAGCCACUGUGGGACAGAAAGCUGGUGACGUUAUCCGUAACUACGUCUUGGCCGAUCCCAAUCCCACGGCUAGGAUUGUUAUCCAAGGAACUGUAGUUAACGUCCAGCCCUCUCCCGUGCUUGCAGCUUUUAGCUCCCGAGGACCUAACCCGGUAACGCCAAACAUUCUCAAACCGGACUUGAUCGCUCCGGGAGUCAAUAUCCUCGCCGGGUGGACCGGAGUUGCUAGUCCAACCGGACUAGAUUCUGAUACUCGCCGCGUGGAAUUCAACAUCCUCUCUGGAACGUCCUUGUCUUGCCCUCACGUCAGUGGUUUAGCGGCUCUACUCAAGUCUGUGCAUCCGCAAUGGAGCCCCGCGGCGAUUCGAUCUGCUCUUAUGACCACUGCUUACAAAUCCUACAAAGACGGAAAACAGAUCAUCGACAUCGCGACGGUAACACCUUCAACGCCGCUCGGACACGGUGCUGGACACGUGUCGCCGACGACGGCCACCAAUCCAGGGCUCAUCUACGAUCUAACGGCGGUGGAUUAUUUAGAUUUCCUCUGUGCAAUGGACUACACAGCUUCAGAUAUCGAAAUCGUGUCGAGACGCAACUACACUUGUGAUCCGAGCAAAACAUACUCGGUCGCUGAUCUAAACUACCCGUCGUUCGCUGUUUACGUCGACGUAGCCGGUGAAUACAAGUACACACGCACGGUCACUAGCGUGGGAGGAGCUGGGACAUACUCCGUUAAAGUAACCUCGGAGACAAGAGCAGUUAAGAUUUUGGUUGAACCGGCGGUUUUGAAUUUCAAAGAAGUAAACGAGAAGAAAUCGUAUGCGGUAACGUUUACCGUUGACUUGUCUAAGCCGUCUGGGUCUAACAGCUUUGGGAGCAUCGAGUGGUCAGAUGGAAAACAUGUGGUGUCUAGUCCCGUGGCUGUUAGCUGGAACUAUUAAAAGACUC